AUGUCCAAAAUGCUCAACGUCAACGAAGUCGCCCAGCACGCUUCACGAGAGUCGUGCUGGGUCAUCGUCUCGGGCAAAGUCUACGAUGUCACCGACUACCUACAGAAACACCCCGGCGGCCCACAGAUACUGUUGCAGUAUGGCGGGAAGGAUGCCACGGCCAUGUACGAACCCAUCCAUCCCCCGGGCACAAUCGAACGCAAUCUACCCAAAGACAAGCACUUGGGCUCUGUAGAUCCAGCCACGGUAUCGAGUCCGUCUUCACCUCAAGUCACUCGGGAUCUCGACAAGGCGGCCAAAGUCCCACUCGCCCACUGCAUGAACCUGGACGACGUCGAAAAGGCCGCCACGCGCAUCAUCCCUCACAGCGCCUACGUCUACUUCAGCUCCGCAGCCGACAGCCUCGGGUCUCUGACGAACAACCGGCAAGACUGGAAGAAAGUCACCCUGCGCCCGCGAGUAAUGCGCAAUGUCCGGCGGGUCGACAUGACCCGGGUCAUGCUGGGGACCAAAUUUCGGCUGCCCUUCUUCAUCGCCCCAGCCGCCCGGGCGAGGUUGGUGCACGAGGACGGCGAGUUGUGUCUGGCGAGGGGUGCGGCGAGACGGGGGAUCCCGUACUGCCCGAGCACGUAUUCGACCGUACCCCACGACGAACUGAUGCAGUGCUUGACCGAGGAAAAGAAGAAGGUGCGGUUUCGCAACUUUUCGCCCGAGGACGGCGGCACCCUGUGGUUCCAGCUGUACGUCGCGCACGAGAAGAGCCGCACGCUCGAGUUAAUCGCCAUGGCGCGUGAUCUGGGUUACAAGGCGUUGCUCAUUACGGUUGACACGCCUGUGGUUGGCAAGCGCGAGGAGGACGAACGCUACCGCGCCGAGCUGGCGACCGCGAGCGGCGAUAAUUCCGUCUUAACGGAAUGGUACAAGCCGGCCAACGAAGACGACGAAAACAGCCCUCCACUCCGGGGCCAUCAUUCCUCGACGUUGAACUGGGAUGAUUUGCCCUGGAUCCGCGAGGCGUGGUGCAAGGGCAGGGCUGAUGCCGGGCCGAUUGGGAUCAAGGGCAUUCAAACAGCGGAAGACGCCGCGCUCGCGGUCGAAUACGGCGUCGAUGCCAUCUAUCUGAGCAAUCACGGCGGCCGACAGUGCGAUGACGCGCCAUCGUCCAUCCGCACUCUGCUCGAGAUCAGGAAGUUUUACCCCGAGUUGAUGAAGAAGACCGAGGUGUACUUGGACGGUGGAGUCAAGAGGGGUGCGGAUGUGAUCAAAGCCUUGUGUCUCGGGGCCAGGGGCGUCGCCCUAGGGCGACCGUUUAUGUAUUCUGUCGCCAUGGGGGAUGAGGGCGUGGCCAAGGUCAUUCAGUUAUUGUCCGAAGAGAUCGAGACAACCAUGCGCUGCAUGGGUGUGACGUCCCUCGAUCAAUUGAAUUCCUCCUAUGUGAAUACGAAGCUCUUGGAAGUGGAGAUUCCAGAUCGAUUGGUUACAGGGCAUGACGACUCGGAAUAUAGCGAGACCUGGGUGAGAAGCUUGAAGGCCAGGCUUUAG